UCGCAAGGCAGCACAGACAGAGCAUUAUGUGGAGUACCAGCUGGUACCACGGGCUCCUCAUCCUCCCUGUGUCUUCAUUCUGUUAGUCCCCCACAAAUCAGGACAUGGAUCAAAAAUGGAAACGCCAACCUGUGACCGUCAUCAUCAUCAUCACCCUUUGUUUUUGUACGUUUGGUUCCGCUCAAAGACUUUGUACAGUGCCCGCUGGGCCUGUGUCUGUCCCGGAGAACAGCACCGCUGACCUCCAAGUUGUAAAAAUAAGCUCUGGUAGUGACGUAACACUGAAUGUUGUGGUGAACCCUGAAGAAAAGUUCUACCUGAAAGGCAAAGCCCUGAUGGUGAAAAAAGAACUGGAUUAUGAGGCUUUGCCCAGCAGAGCAGCUCUGGUGGUGUGGGUACAAUGCAGCAGACCAGGCUCCAAAUCUGUCAAUGAGUCUGUGGAAGUACUGGUGGAAAAUAUCAACGAUAACCCCCCAAACUUUGCUCAGAAUAACUACGUACUGGAAGUAAAUGAGCUAACACCUGUCAAUUCCAGUGUUGGACUGAUAGAAGCCACUGAUGCUGAUUCUGAACCACUAUUUUAUCGCUUAGAAUCUACCAUGGACAAAUACUUUCGGCUGGAGAACAUCAACACUCCAAAAUUACUUGUGAAAAGUGUUAUAGACUACGAUGUUGUUCAGAAAAUCUCAUUGAUUUUACACGUACAGGACACAUUUAAUGGGUCAGCCUCCAAUGAGCCCUUCUUCACAUCCGUGGCCACCAUCACAGUGCAUAUAAAAGAUGUAGACAACCGGCCGCCCUGGUUUCAGCCUUGCUUAAGGACUAAUUUAGGGCUUGCCAAACUGUGUGUGAGCACUGGUUAUAGAGGCAAAGUCAAUCUGACUGAGAAGGAGGAAGGCCCACUGACGCUGGAACCAGGCCCAGUCUUUGCAAAAGAUGGAGACAAGAACAGGAGUGAACAGAUCAGCUACCGGAUUUUAAGAGGGAAUGAUGGAAAUCUAUUCCAAAUAGAUGAAGAUACAGGAAAUAUCAGCAUGACGAAAGCUGCCGAUAUUGUGGGCCCGAUAACACUCACAGUUAUGGCAUCACAAGUGACCAACAGGGAUCAGUUUGCUGUGACACAGGUGACCUUUGAUGUAACCAAGAAGAGCAGAAACCCUCCACACUUUGAAAAGGAGCGUUACGAGGGCUUUAUUUACAGCAAUUCUAUACCUGAGAGCAUGAUCCUCAGAGACCGCAGUAGCAACAGACCCUUUAGGGUCCGAGCGCGAGAUGAAGACUUUGCCGGUGGUGUGAAUCCGGAUGUAAAAUAUGAGGUGCAGUACAGCAGUUACGUCAAUGUGACCUCAGAUGGUUUUGUGAUUCUGAAGAGAGUUGUCAAAACGGAGUCGUUUGUUUUACAGCUUAGAGCAGUGGACACAACAACAGGAGAAUUUGGUACAGCCGCCCUCUCUGUUCAGGUUAUACCUGCUGAUGCCAUGCCGUCCCCUUCAAAUGUUGGCUAUCGUGCGGGUGACAUGGCACUCCUCGGGCUGGUUAUGGCGGCUUUGCUGGUCCUCUGCCUUAUUGUGAUUGGCUUCUUGAUUUCCCGUCUAUGGAAGGGGCAUUCCAGCGGUGAUAAAAUAUGUGAGUGCUUGGACUGUCUGAAGUCUGAGCAGCCAAACAGGGGCCGCAGAGACUCCCUGCAGUACACCAAUGAUGGCUUCCAGAAUGAGGCUGACGGAAGCCGUGGCCGCUGGAGGAAGGCCCUUCCCAGGCGGAGCACCUUCCCCGGGGGCCAAGUCAUGCCAUUGGGGAGACGCAACCGCCACUGUUCCUCCUGCGGUGUCUUUACUAACCACGCCCCCAAAGGGAGUCCCUCAGUAAGACCCUCCAGGAGAGGGAGAGGAGAUGGAGAUGAUUACCGCGCAAGGGCCAUGCUGGCCAAGCAGAGGAGGAAGGAGGGGCAGAAAACUGUAUGGUUCAAGGAGAUCGAGGACUCCUCAGACAUUGAGGUCGAGAUUAUCCCGGACACGGUGGGCCGGGUGGAGGAGGAGACGCAGGAGGAGCUGGAAGGGGAGUUGGUGAUGGAGGGAGUAGUCAAAGACAAAGAAUCUAAUGAUGGGCAGGAAAACCACAGCACGGAGCCUAGAGCAGAGCAGGACAAUGGUAGCGCCGCAUCGGAUCAGGAGAAGGAAACAAACGAGCGGGAUGGCUGACAGGACGUCCGGCUCAAGUCAGUAUUACUUUUGGAUACUGUCUGCAGCCAAGGUCUGAACAGUCCAGUCCAUGAAGACUCAACAUGUGGAUAUAAAAUAUUGGUUUGAUUAGCACAAGCUGCUCAAAUAUCGUUCUUUCUUAUGAUGAUGACUCAAGAUUAUACUUUAAAGCUCAAAGUCAGUCUUGUGACGAAUUAGAUAGGUUUUAACAUUUGCCAAGUAAACUAAACUGCAACAUCAGUCAAUAUGAUGGAGCAAAAUGAAAAAGACAAUCAGGAAAAAAAGGUCUUUCCUAUAAUACAUGCAGUUUUAGAAAGUAGUUACUGCUGCAUUACAAAUAUUGAAAAUGUGCACAAUUGCAGUGUUGUUUUUUUUUAUCUUAACAAAUAUGACAGCUUUUAUGACUGAAAUUCACAAAUGUAUUCAAGUGUGUCAGUGAACACACCCCAGAGAACAUACUGUUGCUACAUUGUGUGUUUGUUUUAUUAUUAAUUCACUAUGUAGCUUUGAGGUAAUGGAAAUGGAACCAGGCUUCUAAAUAUCUGUAGGAUUUUAAUAAAUAAAAAAAAUCAAGAAACCUUAAAAAUAGCUUUUCUACUAAUGCUCGUCAACUAAUUCUCUGGAGUACACGUUUGUUUCUGCGCAUUUGAACAUUGCUGUGAACACAUUAGGAAUAAAAUAGUGUAUUUUAGACAAAAUAUCACCUUGGUCCAAAUUGUUUUGGAUCAUGCAAUGCAGUCGAAUCUAGUAACAUUCUGAAUUAAUCAAGAAGCUUGAAACACUCCUGGAGUUCACAUUUUGUAUUACCCAUUCAAUUGAAUGUUUUUUUUUUCGUUUUGAGAUCUUCAACAAUCCCCUGCAGGGCGGAAUUGUACCCCAACAAGACACGGACUACAUACAAAAAUUCUGAAAUAACUUUCACGAGAGAACGGUCCUCUUGUAGGCCAAGACACUGACUAUAUGCGAAACCUCUAAAAUGAGUAACAGAAAGAACUGUACCCUCAUGACAAUUUUAAUUGUGUUUAUUGAGGCAUUAAGCCCAAUUGCAAAAUAGGUACUACAUCAGUCAGUAGUCAAAGCUCACCUUCCUCUAAAAUUCCAUUUAAUUAAAAUUUGUUUAAAACAAGUCCCUGAUGAAAAUGAAAACCAGCUCAAACACAUCCACCUCCUUUAGCUGCAUGCAGUACCUCUAAAACCAGUCUGAAAUCUUCCGUGGAGUGCAUGUCAGCUCUACACAAAAUCUAUUGCUAAUUAGUUUGAUUGCGAAGCAGCAAAAGU